UAAGAAUAUACCUAUAAUAAAAUAUGUGUGUGUCUGAUUCAGUCCAGCCUGGAUACUCUAUGACUCUGUACAAUGUGAAGAAGAUUUACGCAACGGAAUAAGGCGUCAACAAAAAUGAUGGGUCCAGUUCGACCAAUCACCUGCAACUCCAUUGUUGAAGUGUUGUCUACAUUGGUGGACUUUUUCCACUCAAGACAAGUUGUGAAGAGGAUGACAACUUCAAAGAGGAUCACACUGUGUCUGAUAUUUCCACUUCUUGUAGAGAUGGAUGUGGUAGCUGGUACUGAAUCCUCAUCCAUACUUCAGGACAGUGGUCUCAUAUCAGCCAAAGUUGGAGACGCAGUGAUUGUGCACUGCUUCUAUAAAGGCCACAUGGACAUGCAUUUCUCCUGGUACAAGCAACCCUUUGGAGAUAAGCUUCAACUCUGCUCAACUGUCUUUAAGUUUGACAGGAACGCAACCUUUUACCAUGAGUUUAAGGAUAACCCUCGAUUCUCAGUGGAAAACGGCCAAGAAAAGAAUCACCUAAAGAUCUCAGACAUGCAACUCUCUGAUUCAGGCACAUACUACUGCGGAAGCUCUUAUGGCAACAAGGUGGAGUUUGGAGAAGGAGCCAUUCUCAUAGUAAAAGGAUCAGGGUCCAGAAACAUGACUGUGCUCCAGCAGCCUGUGUCUGAGUCAGUCCUGCCAGGAGACUCUGUGGCUCUGAACUGUACAAUACACACUGAGACCUGUGUAGGAGAACACAGUGUCUAUUGGUUCAGACAUGGCUCAGGAGAAUCCCGUCCAGGAAUCAUUUACACCCAUGGAGACAGGAGUGAUCAGUGUGAGAAGAUCUCUGAGGCUGGGUCUCCUACACAGAGCUGUGUCUUCAACCUCCCCAAGAGGAACCUCAGCCUCUCUGAUGCUGGGACUUACUACUGUGCUGUGGCCUCAUGUGGGGAGAUACUGUUUGGGAAUGGGACCAAGCUGGACAUUCAAGUUCCAGAGCAUUAUCCUCCAUUUGAUCUGAGUCCUACUGUUCUGUCAUUGGUCGUCUCCAACAUCGUUCUGGGGAUAGUGACCCUUUUACUUGUCUGGGCGCUGUGCAAGACUCAGAACAGAGAUAGCAGAGGGAGGACUGAUGUCCCAACGUCCCAGGGCAAUCAGAAUCAAGACAGUGACGUGCUGAACUAUGCAGCUGUCAGUUUCACCCCCAAGAAGAAGUCCUCCUCUAGAACAGCGAGAAAGAAGACCAGCAGAGAGGAUGCAGUGUACUCUGAUGUCAGAUACCUUCAGCAGCAGUGAAAUACAUCACCACUGUCACAAAGACUACAAGAAGAACCAUUUUACUAUUUGUAGCAUAAUUGAACUGCUUUUAGUAACAAAAAAAUAGUAUGGAUUUUUCAAUGUAACAAAGAAACUGUUAUUUUAACAUGGUCUGUAUGCUGGAUGUAUAUAAUGAUCCUGUAAUGAUCAUAAAAUAGCCAUAACCUUUUACAGCUUUUUAUUGUAAGAAAUAAUCUGAUAGAGAAUCCCAUUUUUGCUCUAUUACUAUGUGUUUUUAACA